CGCCCCGCGCCAUGGAGCCGGCCGCGGGCAGCGAGCGCCGCAGCGCCCCGGGCCCCGCCGUCCCGCCGCCGCCCCGGGGCCGUGCGCCCUUGGCCGCCGCUCCCGGCCCGGGCCCGCUGAGCUCCCCGGCGCGCGAGCCGCCGCAGUCCGAGGAGGAGCGGCAGCUGCGGAUCAGCGAGAGCGGCCAGUUCAGCGACGGGCUGGAGGAUCGAGGCUUGUUAGAAAGCAGCACUCGACUAAAACCUCACGAAGCUCAGAACUACAGAAAGAAGGCAUUGUGGGUCUCCUGGUUCUCCAUUAUUGUCACACUGGCCCUGGCAGUGGCUGCCUUUACUGUCUCCGUUAUGAGGUACAGCGCCUCUGCUUUUGGGUUUGCAUUUGAUGCCGUCCUCGACGUCCUGUCAUCGGCGAUUGUCCUGUGGCGUUACAGCAAUGCGGCCGCUGUACACUCUGCCCAUAGGGAAUACAUAGCCUGCGUCAUCUUGGGGGUGAUAUUCCUUCUGUCUUCCAUAUGUAUAGUGGUCAAAGCCAUCCAUGACCUCUCAACUAGGCUGCUCCCAGAAGUGGAUGACUUCCUGUUCAGCGUCUCCAUUUUAAGUGGGAUCCUUUGCAGCAUCCUGGCCGUGUUGAAGUUUAUGCUGGGGAAGGUUCUGACCAGCAGAGCACUCAUAACAGAUGGGUUUAACUCCCUCGUGGGUGGCGUGAUGGGCUUCUCCAUUCUUCUGAGUGCGGAAGUGUUCAAGCAUAACUCGGCGGUCUGGUACUUGGAUGGCAGCAUAGGUGUGCUGAUCGGCCUCACCAUAUUUGCCUAUGGGGUCAAGCUCCUCAUUGACAUGGUGCCCAGGGUGAGGCAGACGCGCCACUACGAGAUGUUUGAGUGAAGGUGGCCAGAGCCAGCAGCUCUGCAUCCGCCUGAAGACUGUCAGGACAAUGAGAGGUUUCCACACAGGCAGAUGGUGCCAAUAUUUAACGGAACAUCCAAUUUCUUUUUUGGAAAGUUUGUGCUCAUGGGAAUGAGGUCUGGCCGGCAGGUUGGUCUGCACUGCUCCCCCUUGCUCCACUGCCCCCGUCAAACACCUUAGGACAAUGUGUGCAGGAGGGGAGACGGGUUUCCCCAUUUCCAGUGGGAACUGACCUUUUCUAUUUUCUGGAGUGAAAAGGUCCUUGUGGGUAGCAUAACAUCUCUGCUUGGCAGAACGUUGUUUUGUGGUGCUCCGAGCCUGAAAUGGAUAGCAACUGACCAGACCCACCUCCUCUGGACUCCAUGUGGCCCCAGCCACCUCCUGGUUCAAGUUUCUCAUCUCCUGGCAGAUUUUAAGGGAAGACUAUAUCCUUUUGUCCCUCAGCCCUUUACAUACCCAGAACCAUCAGUAUGUAUCACUUCCUAAUUCCUAUCCAUGUAUUUCAUUAGUUUCAUACCGUUUUACUAAUCCUAAAUCUAGACAGAUUUGUCUAAAAGGAGACCAUUCUAUUUUUAAAGUACUUAGUGAUAUAUGUAUGAGCUUUGCAUGGACGAACUAAGCACAUGGCCCUUGUACAUUCAGAACCUGAACAUACAUGUAAAAACAGGAUCCAUUUUUGAGAGAUGUGAAACUAGUUUAUUUGUAAUAAAUAAUUAUAUAAUCUAUCCAUGUAUGCAUAUAUCUAUAUGCUGUGUUAAAGUGGUAAUGGUACAUUACUGUCUGUUAGAGAUGGCUUCCUCCUCUGUAAGGAACAAGAUGUUCUCCGUUUAUGUAACGUUAGGUAUAGAGUCCGUUAAAAGUGUUCCCCCAACACACAACAUUCUGUACCUCUAGCACUGCUGCUCGUCCGGGCGACAGUGUCUGACCAAUAAAGACCUUUCCCUGUUUUGUAUGGUACGGGACAUUA